AAAUAUUGGGAAUAUCUUCUUGAAAAAUAAAUCAUGUUUUCUAUUUCUUUAAUUCUAGGACAGUUUUUAGUGGUGGCAAUGAAAUUAUUGUCCGUUAUUCAACUUCUAUGUGGGUGUUUUUUUGAUUAGGAUUUGUGUGUGGUUUUUUAUUUUUGUUUUCUUUUUUGGCUCGAGUGUUUUUCUGUACACAAAUAACUCAGUGUCAGAACUCUGAGCAAAUGUACUUUGGAGCAUUUGCAAAUGACUUUUUUUUUAAUAAGAAAUACAUCAGUUUCCUGGAAGAACUGCAGUUUUUAAGAUUUUCUUCAUUUUUACGAACAUGCUUUUUAUGCCUAGAGCUUUCAUUGUUAACAAGUAAACUUUGAAUGUUGUGCCACCUUGCACUCUGCAGCAGUAUGUAGUCAUAGGGUUAUUACCUUCUCUGGGAAACAUCUAUAGCCAGCAUUAUAAUUUUAUUUUUUUACCUUUUAAAAAAAAGAGGAUCUAACAUUUGAGGCAUGUUUCAUUUAACCUCUCUAACCAUUCGUAACCUGUUUAAAGAAGAUGUUCUUUUUUUCUUGUAGCUCAGAUUCUGGAGCCCCAGAGGCUAGUCUGUCACCUCCUACUUCCCCACCAUGCCGGCCCCGUAAUGAAAUGAAUGUUUUUAGUCGUCUUACUGUUUCUCAGGGAAACACAUCAGCUACGUCUGGUACUUGUAGUUUUAAACCCUUCAACUGUGUCAGAAAAGAAGUCUAG